GCAAUCAUGCCUCUCCCAAAGGAUCUCCUUCAUCCCUCUCCUGAAGAGGAGAAGAGAAAACACAAGAAGCAGCGCCUGCUGCAGAGCCCCAAUUCCUACUUCGUGGAUGUCAAAUGCCCAGGCUGCUACAGCAUCACCACGGUCUGCAGCCACGCACAGACAGUCGUUCUGUGUGUUGGCUGCUCUCUGGUCCUCUGUCAGCCUACAGGAGGAAAAGCCAGGCUCGCAGGAGGCUCCUUCAGACGGAAGCAGCACGAAGAGCCCCUUCCAGAGCGGCUUUCCCUUCUGAUCUUCAGCUGGGCCUUCCCCGCCUGCAUGCAGUGA